AUGACGAAGAAGUUGUUUUCGCGCCAAAGAUCGGGCGGUGCCCCGCCAUUGUCUCCCCUGAUGAGACGGGCGUUUCAUCGCAAUUGUAGUAGUGCUAAAACUAGCCCCAUGCCCGCGGAUAAGCCCAUGGCGAGACAGCCCAAGGAAGAACAGCAGCCUAACGAACCCAAGACUCCUGUAGUUCCUGUGGGACGAGGCCGCUUGGACACGGAAGACACGCUUCGAAUGAACAACCUGAACUUACCCUCGCUACUGUUGGACGAUGAUAAUCCGUUUCUGGAAUGUCACUUGCAGUAUACCCCUGAUGCCGUCAAGCGGGCGGUCAAGCAACAAUCGCUCGCAGCAGCAGAAGAGACGGUAGAUUGUCCCUCUACGGUCUCAUCUCUGGGGGAUGGAUCCUUCAAGAGGCCCCCGGCAACGCCUGCUAGUAGACAGCAAGAGCAACAGCAGCAGCAGAUGCAAGCGGCAGGUACGCCGGAGCAACCCUUUGCCCCUCCCAAGGUGAUUUCGUUUCGAGUCGAAGCAGAAAUUCCGGAUUGGUUGUUGGGCACUGAUGAUGAUGAUGAUGAUGUGCCCAAUACCGGUAGUGAUUCCAUCUUGGAAAAUGAUGAUAAGGACGAUUUGGAUAAGGAGGGCUGUGACAGCAUCAAGCAAACCAACACGGCUACCACCCUGACAGACGAUGACAACACGGCCGAAAAUCACCUGCCGUUGCCCCCUCAGAUGCCUUACCGACCACACCGACAUUAUGUCGAGCAACAUUGGAAUGCACAGCCCAUGGCGCCUGUGGAUCCAUUCGCUCCCCGUGCUAGUAUCAUGACACCACGAACAUUGGGAAUGCUACAACCACAGCCCUGCAUGCCCCCACACGUCUGGACGGGAGUGCCGUCCCCUGCCAAUCCCCGACCAACCAUUGGACGGCACAAGAGCGCGUCUUGUGCGGCCCUGUUUCCCACUCGAACAACCCCUCAGUCUACGAGUACUACUACUACUACUACGAAGCAAGUGUUUCCACCUCCAUCUCCCGGUGGAACCUUGUUGAGUAUGAAUCAUAGCCACAGCAGUCACGCGCCGUCCUUUCGUCAUGCAACGCCUCGACGAACGACGCUGGUACGUACCAUGACGCCCACUACUACCAAAUCGGUCACCACCAAAAAGGGCAGCAAAUGGCACCAUCAGACGCAGUCACCUCGCCAGCAUCGGCGAAACAAGUCCGCGGGCGAGGCCAGUCUAUUGGGCGGACAUGAUUCCUUGUGCUGGACAGCACCCACUACGGCGUCCUCUCUGUUGGAGGCUCCAUCGUUGGAGCCAAUGCCCCCAUCGACGGCACAUGCCAAGAGAAAGUCGGCGGUCGUACAAGAAUUGCGCUGUAUGUGGGGCAAAAUGACCAGGUCGGAUACCACCGCCGCGGUGGCUAUUUCCAAAAACUCUUCUUCUCUGGAGGCAUAUAGGCUCAACUCGGCUCAUACCGGUUGCUUCACGUAG